CACAAGUAUAUGAGGGGUGGUGUGAAAAUUAUUUUUCUCUCUCUGAACCACAAAGACAUAGAAUUCAAAGUGCUUCUUUUGGACAUACUGGCUUUUCUUUCUUUCUUGUUUUCUUCUCCCUCUCCUAUUCCUUGUGGAUAUUAUGGCUAAUAACACAACAAGUUUAGGGAGUCCAUGGCCAGAAAACUUUUGGGAGGAUCUCAUAAUGUCCUUCACAGUGUCCAUGGCAAUUGCACUUGUAAUUGGAGGACUUAUUUGGGCUUUGUUCACUUGUUUAUCUCGAAGAAGAGCCAGUGCCUCCAUCUCCCAGUGGAGCUCAAGCCGGCGAACGCGGUCUUCUUACACCCACGGCCUGAACAGGACUGGAUUUUACCGCCACAGUGGCUGUGAACGUCGAAGCAACCUCAGCCUGGCCAGCCUCACAUUCCAGCGACAAGCUUCCCUGGAACAAGCAAACUCCUUUCCUAGAAAAUCAAGCUUCAGGGGCUCAACUUUCCAUCCCUUUCUGCAAAGUCCACCACUUCCCGUGGAAACUGAGAGUCAGCUGGUGACUUUCCCUUCUUCCCGUACCUCGUCCACCAUCAACACUUCCCACAGUCUGGGCCGUCCUGAUUUCCACUGGUCCAGUAACAGUCUUCGAAUUGGUCUUUCGACACCACCCCCGCCCGCCUACGAGUCAAUCAUAAAGGCAUUCCCAGACUCCUGAGUAGGAUGCUUUCGUUUUCCACUUGUUUCUAAUCGGCUAAGCAGAAUUUUGAGGAUGUGGCCCAGACGACUAAUGAGUUUCCAAGCUGAAACACGCACGUGCAAGUUGGAUAUUACAAUGUAAAACACAUUUCCUUUGAACACAUUGUUGUCUUUGUCUCACAAAAUACAUCUUUCCAAAUAGUUAUAUGUUUAUAUAGUUUGUUUUCAACAUGAGGAUUAUUAAAGAUAGUGAUUCUAACCUAAGAAUCAGCCAGAUGCAGUAUAUAUAUUUUAGACUAGAAUGAGAACUCUAGAUAUUUGUGGUUUGUAAUCCUCAUUCAUCGUCCAGUGUGACUAUAAAGGGGGAAGAAAUCGCUGUUACUUUAAAAUUUUUUUCCAUCCUAAGAAAUUUAAAUUUCACUUUCUUUAGAAAGACAAGGGAGCUAUUGUACAAUCUUAGAUUUUUAAUGGAUCAUAUGGAUACAAAUUGACAAAACAGGGGAGAUUCUAAAGUUCCUUGAUUCCACUCAUUUACGAGAAGUGAGGGAUCAGGCAAAGGAAGCUGAACUCAGUAGGUGUUGCAGAAUAUUGCAAUUUUGACAUUUAUUUUUUCCUCUAGACUCCUUUUGUGCUUUUUCCAAGAAUAGUUCUCCACAUCAUUAAGGUCAAAUCCUUGGAUUUACUCACAUGUUCAUUUGACUUUUCUUCACCAUUGUGGUUCUGCUGUUACAAAAACAACAGAAGACCCAAUUCAUUUGACCUGCAAACAAACGAACAUUGAGCUUGCUUAUUUCUUAAAGAAUAAACUUUAUUUCUUACAUUUAAAUCUAGCAAGCUAUCUCGGGAUCUUCUGUAACUUCACAGACAAGUAAGGAAGGGCCCGUGGGGAGAAAGUUGUCAAAUAGAUGUUACGACCAUGAAGAAUCCUCCUUCCUGGUUUGGCUCCUCCGUCGUCAUUUUUUGUUUGCUUCUCUAUGAAUUUCAACCUCAGAUUCUGUGAAGAGUCUUCAUAUAAUGGCUAAACUAUGCCAAAUGGUCCUCGGUGCAGACAGUUAUUUAAGGAGUCCACCUCCACAGGCAGCCACCCUCUUAAAGGAAGGUACAUCCUCCGUGUGGGUACCAGAGAGCUUCAGUGGCCAGAUGCCUGUGGCUACCCUUGUUCAUUUAAGGACAUGAGUUCACAGGAUUAUUACUCAAAAGACCUGUGGCUUGUUUCUGAUAUAGUGAAUAUUUAGCUUAUAUUGCUGCUGCUUUCGCUGAAUGCUGGGAUCUUCAGUGAAGAAAAAUGUAUUCUCAUUAUAGUUUCUGCAGCGCUGCAGUUCCAGCUAAUAGUGUCUGAAUAUGGCUCAUGAAUGUAAUAAUUUUUACAUAAUAAAAAAUUCUGUAUGGGGGGAGGGUAUAGCUCAGUGGUAGAGUGCAUGCCUAGCAUGCACAAGGUCCAGGGUUCAAUCCCCAGUACCUCCAUUAAAAAAAAAAGAUUCCAUAUAGUAUUUUCUUUAUUGUUUUUACUUAGCUUACAUUUUCCAUUGUUCUUCAAGGACAGUUAUUCUUAAUAAUGUCUAUAGUAGAUGUCUACAGAUAGACGCUCUCUAAUACCAUCCACCUGAAGAAGAAAGCAGGAAGGAAGAUAGGAAGAAAGGGAGGAAGGGAGAAAGGGAGGAAGGGAAGGAAUGAAGGAGGAAGGAAGGAAGGGGAAAAGAAACAAGUACUUGCAGGGUAUCCAAUUGUAAGUUGGUUUUUAACAAACUUAGCAGUUAUUGUAUAGCUACGUAAGAUUUCAAGAGAUCAUUAACUUUGUAAUAACACUAUAUUUGCUUGUAUGUCAUCCUUAAUGUUUAACAUGAGAAGGCAGCAGAGUGUAUGCUUUUUAUCUAGAAUUUAUAUUGGGUGUGAAAACUGCUUCCUAUCUCAAACGAGGAAAACGAAAGCAGAAAUUCUCUGGUGUAUUUAACCAUCUGGCAGAAUCGUUGCCAAGUUGUGAAGCGAUCAAAAUGAGUACCUUGUAAAUAUUGUGCAAAGUAUGAAAUGUGAAAUUAAAGCAAAAACUGGAGACGUUUUUAGUUAUAUUUGUUUUAUUUGAAAUACUUAGUUGGCUAUGAAAUAAAAUUAAACUGAUAUCAA